CCAGUCCGUAUGAACAAGAAAUGGAUGGAAUAUCAAGGAAUCAAGAACUGGGAAGGACUUCUCGAUCCACUCGACGAAAACUUACGUGCAGAAAUCAUAAGAUACGGCCACUUUGUCGAGGCUGCUUACAUGGGAUUCAACUGCGACACGUCAUCGUCCACGUACUCGUUAUGCCACCACCCAAAAAGAUCACUCCUACAACGUGCAGGGUUCCCAGACACUGGCUACAAGAUUACCAAGAAUCUACAAGCCACCUCAUCCAUCCAACCGCCAGAUUGGAUGAAAAAAGCCCCAAGGUGGACCACAAUUCGUUCCAGCUGGAUAGGUUACGUGUCAGUUUGUACCGACAAGAAAGAGAUCGCGCGACUAGGUCGUCGGGACGUGGUGAUCGCGUUACGCGGGACCUCCACUUUCCUUGAGUGGAUUGAAAAUCUCCGCGCUACACUAACACCGGUUUCUGAUGAUUCUGACUCGGGAAUGGUGGAGAGCGGUUUCCUUAGCUUGUACACCUCGAGAACCUCGGACUCUCCGAGUUUACAGGAACAAGUUAGAGAAGAGAUUCGACGGUUACUCAAAACCUACGGAAACGAGACAUUAAGCGUCACUAUAACGGGCCACAGCCUCGGUGCUGCCCUGGCUAUACUAGCGGCGUAUGACAUCAAGAAGACCAUCCGUCGGGAACUGUUGGUAACCGUCAUAUCAUUCGGUGGGCCGCGGGUGGGGAACCGGAGCUUCCGGAAUGUUCUUGAACAACAAGGGACGAAAGUUCUAAGGAUUGUAAACUCGGAUGACCUAGUAACUAAAUUACCGGGGUUCGUGCUAGAUGCUGAAGAUAAUAGUUACGGCCAAUGGGCGGGGAUUCCGGGGUGGUUACCGUGGUGGGUGUAUGCGGAAGUGGGGCGGGAGUUGCGGUUGAGCAGCCGACAAUCGCCCCAUCUGGCCGGAAUAAAUGUGGCCACAUGUCAUGAACUGGGGACUUAUUUGCAACUUGUUAAUGGUUUCGUGAGUUCUGAUUGA